AUGGGCACUUUCCGAUGGAUCCUAACAUGCUCGGCCUUAUACUCGGCAACUCUUCUCUACGGUCUCGACACCACAAUCGUGGCAGAUGUGCAGGUUCCCAUCGUGGAAAAAUUCGGACAAAUUGAAAAAAUGACGUGGAUUGGAGCUGCAUUCCCUCUUGGGUCGGUCGCCAUCAUUCUGCCUCUUGGAGUCAUGUACGAAUCGUUUGAUUCUAAAUGGUUGUACAUUAUGAGCUUCGCUCUUUUCGAGACAGGGAGCGCUCUCUGUGGCGCCUCCCCAAACAUGAAUGCACUCAUCAUUGGCAGAGUUAUCGCUGGUAUUGGUGGUUCGGGUCUGUACCUAGGGAACCUAAACAUCUUUGCAAGCCUCACUGCCAUUCAAGAACGCCCUAUGUAUGUUGCUGGUGCAGGCCUUUGCUGGGGUGUAGGCGCUAUUCUGGGACCAGUCAUAGGCGGAGCUUUUGCAAAGAGCUCUGCUACCUGGAGAUGGGUAAGAACUACUACUGAUAUUUCAUUCUAUAUCAACCUAGUCGUUGCAGCAUUCAGCGGUCCUACUUAUCUGUUCUCUCUACCCUCAAUUCCAGCGAGACCAGGCGUCUCCACUCUGAAGAAGAUUUCCGAAGUCGACAUUCUCGGCACUACACUUUUCGCGGGCAUAUUUGCGAUGUUCAUCAUUCCCUUGACCCUCGCUGAAGGUUCCUGGGCAUGGGGCGCCGCUAGUACCAUCAUAUGUCUCGCCCUCUGCGGUGUCCUCACGGCAACCUUCAUUGUACAGCAAGCAUUUUCCAUCCUUACGACUCCGGAGCGACGCAUUUUCCCUGUUGGUCUGCUCUACAGCAGAACAAUGAUCUUAUUGUUUAUUUCUACGUCUGCAACUUCGACAAAUCUCUUCAUCCCGGUUUACUAUAUACCGAUCUACUUCCAGUUCACUCGCGGGGACGAGCCCAUCCAGGCUGCUGUUCGGCUUCUCCCAUUCGUCCUCGUUGGUGUGUUUACUACGAUGCUAAGCGGGGGCAUAAUGCCUAAAUCUGGCUUUUACAUGCCAUGGUACGUCCUUAGCGGCGUUAUGGGCACUACGGGUGGGGCUCUCAUGUACACGGUGAAGAGUAGCACAUCUGUUGCGACUGCAUACGGUUACAGUAUACUAAUUGCUAUUGGCGCCGGCGGUUGCUUACAGCUCGGAUAUUCCAUCGCACAGGCUAUCAACCCCGUUUCUAAGCACCCAUCAGCUAUUCGAUUCAUCAAUAUGGCACAACUAGGGGGUACGACUAUUGCUUUAACUAUUGCGGGACGAUUAUUCCAGACAUACGCUUUCAAGAAUGUUAAAAAUGCGGUUGCUGGUCUUGGCUUCACGGAUGCACAAGUUUCAGCCGCGGUUUCUGGAGCCCAAGGGACGCUGUUCGAUUCGUUGACUCCGCAAGUCAGGGCGGCUGUUCUGGAAGGUAUCGUCAAAGCCAUUUCGAAGGCUUAUGUUCUUGUUAUUGCGGGAGGGUCCACAACUCUCAUUUGCUCCUUCUUCAUGAAGAGAGAGAAGCUAUUUCAGAACAAGGUUUCCCCCGUUGAAGAAAUCCUAGAACAGAAAGAAUAG